AUGGAUAUUUCUGUGUGUCUUCAUUUGCCAUCUUCACAUUAUUUUUUGAGAAUUUUGAAUUUUACCUUAAAUUCACCUGGAAAUCGUAUUUUGCAGGCAUUACUGAAAAUUAUGGCGCAGAGGGGACAUUUACUUCGAUCGCUAUCAAGAACGAAAGUUGCAAAAGCAUUAGCAGGAGUGGAUAUGGAACAAACAGAAGUAGUUCGGAUGGAUAACGGUAAGACUGCACGACGUGAAGCGCGUUGUGUGUUUGAAUGCUCCUGGGAAGUUGCUAACAAAGUUGGUGGCAUUUACACAGUAAUUCGUAGCAAAGCAGCAAUCACCACCGAAGAGUAUGGCGACCAAUACUGCUUACUUGGUCCAUUACGUGAAGGAAAAUGGCAAUUAGAAGUAGAACAAGUUGCUCCUGAAAGUCUUCACAUUGCAGAAGCUAUUGAUAAACUUCGAGAAGAUGGAUUUGAA